AUGCAUUAUACUUCCAUGGUUUCUUUCUGGGAUUAUUUCAACAGAUCUGUUUUAUUCGACGGAUCGGAGAGAUAUUUGUUCAUACCUGUGUAUUUUGAUCUAUUGGAAGGUAAGUUGAGCGUCUUUUUCAUCUUUCAAACUCCACCAACCUCAAAGGGAUCAUGGGAAGAUUUCAGUGAAAGAGGAUGGACUACUGCUUCUUCUGAGUUCUGUUCUUGGAGUUGAAGCGUUACUAUUGGCUAUGUUUUUCAUGUUCGGCUGGCUUUUCAUGUAUAAAGUAACUGUGACCAAUUUCUACCAUGUUAAUUUACGAGUUAUCAUGAACUACAGUAUGGUCAUGCUCCACGUUUUAUUCAUUUCGCGAGCCCUUUCAAUUUAUACGCAACUGACUGUUGAAAAACCUGAAGGUUCUUUUGAUUCAUUAUAUUUUCAAAAGGUUGUGAUUGCAUUUGGAGGGAUACGAAAAGUAACAGCUAAAAAAAUUGUUUGAAAAGGCCGUUAUUUAAAAAAAAAGUUCACGCUCGGUGGCAAAGGAAUCUAAUAAGGAUAGCCAAACCUUUUGAAAUCGGCUUGAGACCUCAUUAUCACCGUAACCAGAAAGCGUCGUUUCGAGCCAUUCCACGAGCAAUCACGGCGAUUAAGCUUAAAGCGCAGAAUACUUUUUUUGAAAGUUUAAAGAAUAAUAUUUUCCAGAAAUAACCUAUUUACACCUUUUCAUCGGCUAUUUGCACGUGUUAGGGUAUUCAUGUGUACCUUUCAUUCCGUUCAGCGUUGCAUAUGAAAGAUACUUCUCGACACUUCUGAUUAAAGACUACGAACUUUAUCCAAGGCUCAGCGUUUCGAUUUCCGCUUGUGUCUUAUCUUUUGUCUUGUCAGUUUUAUUGAGCGUUCUUCUUGUAACAAGUAAGUUUUUCUGUUUCAUUAGUCGCAGAUAUGAAAGCCAUCUCGAAAAAAGAUGAACCUUAACGAGAUUCUUGACUUAAGUGAUUCAGUUAUCUUACAAAUGGGGAAGUUUCCGAACUUUUCUAACAAAUUGCAAAACGGAAAAAAAAAUAAAUUUACGUGUAUGGCGUCUUUCAAACUAAAGGGAAAAUUUCAGACGUCCUCAGCCUGGUAGGGUUCCUCUCGAUAAUUUCGAUGCUGGUUAUAUGCAGUUCACUGGUAUUUUUUUUACAUCUAUUUUCACUAUCUGAAAAAAAAAACUUUCAGUUUAUCUGCUUCCUCUCUUUCUUGAAUCACAGAACCCUAGAAUCAUUAACUCAAAUACAAAUGGAAAAAGAAUACACGAUCAAUAUGCGAUACCAACUUAAUGAAAAUCGCCGUUUGUUCACGGUAAAGAAUAAAAACAAUAAAAGUUUAAAAGUCAACUUCAAGGUUCUGAAAGUGAGCGUUUUCAUCGGAGCGCCUAUUUUCGCUGUUUGGAUAAUCGUACAAGGAGUCAUCUUUUUUCUCAACUGGAAUCAACCUUUCACCGGCGUUUAUGCUGUCACUCAUUUAGAUUUCUCCCUAGCUAUGUGAGUUAUCGGUAAUAUUUGUGAUGAAAAUGCAAUCAUUAAAAAAAAAUCCAUUGAAAUUUUCACCAAAUAGCUCACAGGAAAGAUGUUUGAUGGAGAUACUUUCUGUGUUAUUUUGCGCUAGAUGCAAUUUCUGACAGAGCCGCGGAAAAAUUAUUUUUUUAGCUAAAAGGCGAAAAAAAAAUGGUACAUUAUGUGAACAAAAGUUUGAAAAAAACUUCAAAAUACUUUUCACAAUCUUUUAUGACAUUUUUCAAGUUUAUAACUAGUCCUCCUUUUCAGAAGCACCUUCUUCAUUAUUCUCCAAAACACUCUUAGUGUUCCACAAUGGCGAGAAACCAUAUUUUCAAUGAUUCGACGGAAAGAAAUGACGUCAGUCAGUCCGACGAUCGUCAACACAGACGUUAUAGACAGCAAAGUUUUCAUGAGACAGCUCAACUCCAUGUGGGAAAUGCAAGCUCCAGACAACCCACGGGCUUCUUCUUUUUCUAAAAUAACGAAUUGCUGA